UCUUGUGGAGUGUACAAUUUCGUUGCUUUGUUCCAUCAGUUCUAGUUAAACAAGGUGCGGAUAAUUUUAAUUUGCAUUCCAUUUGUUUGGAGAACAAGGGUUUUGCCCAACAAGUUUAGUGCAAGAGUGGCUUAUACUGUUAUUUUUAACGAUUGAUUUUCCUGGCAUUCUUAGAAAUAUGUUUGGCACAUUUGGUGUCAGAAAAACAUGAAAAAAUAAGUUGAAUUUAAUUUUGUUUAAAAUGCUAACUUGUAUAGGCGUGUGUGUAUGAUUCAAUUAAUAUGCAUUUACUUGUUAUGUUCAACGUGUUGCCUUCACACUAGCUUUAUUGAGUGAGAGUGAUAAAUGAAAGACAUAAUAAAAGCACAGGACCGUAGGCCGGCCCCAUUAUCUCUCUCUCGCUUCGAACGAAGAUUUAUGUCAUAUUUUAAUGCAUUACAAAAUGAACUAAUAACCACAACAGGUUUAAUGUAAAUAUAGCCUGCAUCUUUAUAAAAUAAAACUGUUGGCCAACAGCAUCUAUAUAGAUAAAGCGCUCAAGAGGCAGAGAAGGCAACGCCAAUUGUGGUUUGACAGACCAGCGAAAUUGCCGGAGAGAAGCAGUUCCCGUUAAGCUAUCGUAGCGGUCGUAUGUUCAACAACGUGAUCGGAGUAGAGGAAACGAAAACAGAAACAGAGCAACACCACCAACACCGAAAAUGAUAAUCGACAGCGUAUGGACACUCGGUGUCCUGUUUGUGGCCUGCUGGCACUUUUCCGCCGCCCAUCAGCGGCUCGUGUCGGUGCCGUACAUGAGAAGUUCGCACAUGAUCCAACAACCAGAGACUCGCGUAUCGAAGAGACCCUCUCCGGAGGCUUACAACUCACUUCGCGACAUAUUUUUCCGCUAUGAAGAGUCCAAGUCGUUUGGGGCCGAUAUAGAACUGACACAGCAAGAGUUGGAGGCCAAUCAAAUUAUAAUGGCCGUUAAGACCAAGGAGUAUGAGGACGGCAUGAUCGUUCCUCGUCUGUUCACACCAUCGCAACAUUUUUUCAAAGUCUUGGAUGACAUCAGGGAGUCUCCGCUCUUUAAGAUAAUGUCGAAAAUGCCGAAGGGAGGAGUGCUGCACGCGCACGACACCGCCCUUUGCAGUACCGAUUUCCUCGUGAAACUCACGUACCGUGACAACCUUUGGGUUUGCUCUGAUAGCGGAGCGAAAACCAUAGUCGGAUUGCGCUUUGCUAAGGUCAAGCCGGAGAGGGCUGACAUGAGUGUCGAUUGCACUUGGGAUCUAAUGUCCAAACUUCGCGAAGUCAAUGGAACCGACUCCGUGGACCAGUAUCUAAGAGACCACCUGACAAUGUAUCCUAUUGUGAAAUUCCAGGACAACAACGAGGCGUGGGAACGAUUUAUGAGCAUUUUUGGACUCUUAGAUGGUCUAUUGUUCUAUGCACCCGUUUGGGCUGAUUACUAUUACAACGCCCUGGAGGAGUUUUAUGCAGAUGGUGUCCAAUAUCUGGAAUUCCGUUCAACGUUGCCAUCGUUGUACGACUUGGAUGGCAAUGAAUAUCCGGAAAUCUAUACUGUCUCUGUUUACAAGGAAACAUUGGACAAAUUUAUGGCUGCCAACCCAAACUUCAUUGGAUCCAAAUUGAUUUACGCUCCCAUUCGUAACAUUAACGACGCUGGAAUGGAUCACUUUAUUAAGACCUGCAUUGAGAUCAAGGAAAAAUACCCCGACUUUGUGGCCGGCUUUGAUUUGGUGGGCCAGGAGGAGCCUGGUCGUCCGCUGAAGGACUUUAUUCCGCAACUACUUAAUAUGCCCGAUGACAUAGAUUUCUUUUUCCAUGCCGGCGAAACCAACUGGUAUGGCUCUGCAGUGGAUGAGAACCUUAUAGAUGCCGUUCUGCUGGGGACCAAGCGCAUUGGUCAUGGGUUUGCUUUGGUUAAACACCCGUUGGUGCUGCAAAUGGUGAAGGAACGCAAUAUUGCGGUGGAGGUUAAUCCCAUCUCGAACCAGGUACUGCAGCUGGUGUCAGACUUCCGCAAUCAUCCGUGUGCCCAUUUGUUCGCCGACAACUAUCCGGUAGUUAUUUCGCCAGACGAUCCAUCAUUUUGGAAGGCCACUCCGUUGUCCCACGAUUUUUACAUUGCUUUCUUAGGCAUUGCUUCCGCCCACUCCGACUUGAGGCUCCUUAAGAAAUUGGCACUGAACUCGAUCAACCACAGUUCUCUCUCGCCGGAGCAGAAGACCGUGGCCCUGCACAAGUGGCAAGCCCAGUGGGAUAUCUUCAUUGAUGAGGUAGUCAAUGGAGACAAGGGCGAUAACAACGCGGCACAACAACGGCUGGCAACCAACAGGAUCGAUUGACUAGCACGCCUGUUGGUGGCGAUGUUGGCAAUGUGGCUUUUGAGGAUAAUGUCUUCAUAAAUCAUUUGAAACACACGAUUGCUUAUCGCUUCCAACAGCCUCUGCCGGUUAUUCGAUUUUAUUCCCCAGGUGCAAACUCCGAAAACAGAAUUCCAUGAUAUACAAUACCAGUCUUGAGUAUUACCCUAGAUAAGAAGUCAAAUAUAAUUCGUGUCCGAUUCCAAUGCCAAAACUAGUGUGAUAGUAUUCGAACACGACAGUUUUUUUCGUUUUCUUUUUUUGUUUAUUAUCUUUUAUAUUUAUUCGCUCGAAGUUUACUCGUCUUAGUUUAGCCAACAGCGUGAGUGUUAACUCUCUAAUGGAAAAUAGCCCCAUGCUGCUCAAUCACUCAAUCUUAAUAACACCGGUAGAAACAGUUCGUACAAAACCACAAGAUUUGUAAAUACUUAUAAGUGUAUGAUUGAUUAGCAACGAAUGAAAUUAUUGUACAUAUGUAUGUAAGUUAGCACUACUUUUUAAAUGCGCAAUUGUGUUAGUCAUGGCCUUGAGGGUUAAUAAUUUAAUUUCUUUCAGGAGUCAUAAAUAAACAGAAAUUAUGAAUUCAA